AUGGGCAUCCUCGCCCAAAAGUCAAAGUUCAAGAUCGCGAAGCCGACCAUCCGCGUCGAAAAAGUCGCCGUCGAGGUCCCGCAGCCCAAGGCGAGACCGGCGAGGCCGCUCGGUGACGACCGCGCCUCGUCUAACUCGCCGCGCCCGCAGAAACCGCAACCCCCACGAGUGCGCGCGAGCGCCUCGCCGCUCCCCUUCGCAUCCUCAUCGCGGGCCUCAUCGUCGCUCUCCUCGGGCGGCGCACAACAGUACCAGCGCAAGCGCAAGGCCAGCAGCGCCGGGCCGGCGGCGGCGGCGGGGGCGCCGCGGCGGUCGCCUGCCAACAGCGAUCGCGUGACGUGGGACCAGGAGUCGGACUCGGAAGACGACGACGCGUGGGAGGAUACGCUGGACGACCGGAAGCGCCAGCGCACCACGGAUAGCGAGCGCACCGAGGACCCGAACCGGAGGCUCGUCUCGCCGGCCCUGACGGACCCGCCGCCCGAUGGGAAGGACCUGCGCUUGAUUCACGCCGCCGACGUCGCAUCGCUCAAGCUCAAAUGCACACCGUCACUAGGGGCCCCCGCUUCGGAUGUUCGUGUCGCACUGCAAUACCCAGGCUUGCGACAACGAGAGAGAUAUGAACUGGUCUCAGGCAAGGAUAUGAUCGAUGCCGUUGAAGAAAUCAAACACGUUAUCAACUGUGUGGUUGAUACAUAUCUCACCGAAAACGAAGCACGGCCAUUCACCGACGCGAACAACGGUCUGAUACGGCAACUCGAAAGGUCAUCCAACCUCAAAGAUUACAAGGCGUUCCGCACUGCUCUGGAUAAAUACAAUCUACGUCUCAGGGAACUCCAGGAGAGCGGCGCGAUAGCUCGCAACUUGGCCAAGCGCCAUAUCCUCCCAUUCAACCUCGUCCAACUCAUCCUCCAGCAGGUCUACGACCGAACCGUUGCUCCGCGAGUCGAACUGCUAGCCAAGUACGAGAACGGUACCGACAAUGUUUAUGGGGAACUUUUGCAUCCCUUCAUCAGUGAAAUACUGGUUCAGAGGUUGAAGAUGACAUCUGAUCAGGUAUUUGUCGACUUGGGCUCCGGGGUUGGUAAUGUUGUCUUGCAGGCAGCACUCGACAUUGGGUGUGAAAGUUGGGGCUGCGAGAUGAUGGAGAACGCCUGCAACUUGGCCGAUGCUCAAAAGAAAGAGUUCACGGCACGGUGUCGACUCUGGGGCAUAGCGCCCGGCAAGGUACGCCUCGAAAGGGGCGACUUUCGAACCAACGAGAGGACACUUUCGGCACUCAAGCGGGCCGAUGUUGUACUUGUCAACAACCAGGCCUUUACCGCUCAGCUCAACGACGAUCUAGUCCGGAUAUUCCUUGACUUGAGGAAGGGAUGCAAGAUCGUGUCGCUUAAGAGCUUUGUGCACGAGCAGAAGAACGCCGCAAACGAUGUCGGGAGUAGCAUCCUCGACGUCGAGCGGCUGUCCUAUCCAGAGGGUUACGUGAGCUGGACUGGCGCGGGCGGCCAGUUUUGCAUCUCGACGCGAAAAUGA